AUGUUCAAAGACGCCCAUAAAUUCAUAUCUAAAUGUGAUGCUUGCAAAAGACAAGGGAACAUCAGCAAGCGACAUGAGAUGCCACAAAACUUCAUUCAAGAAGUCGAAGUUUUUGAUGUUUGGGGAAUCGACUUUAUGGGUCCAUUUCCUUCGUCUUUUGGAAACAAGUACAUCCUUGUUGCUGUUGACUACGUGUCUAAGUGGGUAGAAGCCAUAGCCAGCCCCAUAAAUGACGCAAAAGUAGUAAUGAAGAUGUUGAAGUCGAUCAUAUUUCCAAGAUUUGGUGUUCCGCGACUCGUCAUCAGUGAUGGUGGUUCUCACUUCAUCAACAAAGUGUUUGAGAAUCACUUGAAGAAAAAUGGAGUGAAACAUAAGGUAGCUACACCUUAUCACCCGCAGACGAGUGGCCAAGUGGAGGUAUCAAACAGAGAACUCAAAAGAAUUUUGGAAAAGACAAUAGGACCAACAAGAAAAGAUUGGUCUGCAAAUCUUGAUGAUGCUCUUUGGGCAUAUAGAACUGCGUUCAAAACCACAUUGGGUACUACACCUUUCCAACUUGUUUAUGGUAAGGCUUGUCAUCUUCCAUGGGAAUUAGAGCUCAGGGCAGAAUGGGCCAUAAGAAAGCUGAAUUACGACAUCCAGACAGCAGGUGCAAAACGUUUGAUUCAGCCAAAUGAGUUAGACGAAAUUCACCAUAACGCCUAUGAGAAUUCCAAGAUCUAUAAGGAGAAGACGAAGGCGUUUCAUGACAGGAGAAUAGUUCCUAAGACGUUCUCACCUAAUGACCAGGUUCUACUUUAUAACUCACGGUUAAAACUAUUUCCCGGAAAGCUUAGAACACGAUGGUCUGGGCCUUUCAAGAUCAAAGAAGUUUUACCAUAUGGUGCUGUGGUUCUAUGGAACCGUCAAGGAGGCGAUUUCACUGUCAAUGGACAACGUCUUAAGCCAUAUAUUGCAGACAUUCAAGAAGAAAAGGAAGAUCCGAUCUCCUUAGCAGGUGCACUUAAUGCCUAA